CCAUGGUGGAAGGAACCAACAGAAUCACCAGGACUAUAGUUCAGAAUGGUAGCGAACAAUGCCACCUGUUGGCGGGGUUUUGUCUUCUUGGGCUUCUCUAGCUUUGGGGAGCUUCAGCUUCUGCUGUUUGUCUUGUUCUUGUCUUUGUAUCUUGUCACUAUAACCAGCAAUGUCUUCAUUAUCAUAGUGAUCAGGCUAGAUAACCAUCUGCACACGCCCAUGUAUCUCUUUCUUUCUUUCCUUUCCUUCUCCGAGACCUGUUACACAUUGGGAAUCAUCCCAAGAAUGCUCUCUGGUCUGGUUAUGGGAGGACAGGCCAUCUCCUUUAUGGGUUGUGCUACACAGAUGUUUUUCUCUGCUUCAUGGGCUUGUACCAACUGCUUUCUCCUGUCUGUCAUGGGAUUUGACAGAUACGUGGCCAUCUGUGCCCCACUUCAUUAUGCCAGCCGUAUGAAUCCCACCGUCUGUGCCCAGCUAGUUGGCACCUCCUUCCUGAGUGGAUACCUUUUUGGACUGGGGAUGACUCUAGUCAUUUUUCAUCUCUCAUUCUGCAGCUCUCAUGAAAUCCAGCACUUUUUCUGUGACACACCUCCAGUGCUGAGCCUCGCCUGUGGGGAUACAAGACUAAGUGAGCUGGGAAUCCUCAUCCUCAGUCUGCUGGUCCUCUUGGUCUCUUUCUUCUUAAUUAGUAUCUCUUAUGCCUAUAUUCUGAUAGCAAUCCUGAGAAUCCCUUCUGCUGAGGGGCGGAGGAAAGCUUUUUCUACUUGUGCCUCACAUCUCACAGUGGUUGUUAUUCACUAUGGCUGUGCCUCUUUCAUGUACUUAAGACCCAAAGCCAGCUACUCUCUUGAGAGGGAUCAGCUUAUUGCUGUCACCUACACUGUGGCAACCCCUCUCCUUAAUCCUAUUGUUUAUAGUCUACGGAAUCGUGCUGUACAAUCAGCUCUGAGAAAUGCUUUCCGGGGGAGUUUAUUAAGUAAAAGAUAAAGACACUCUUCUCUGCAUAAGCAAGUCCUAGACCAGGUUUAAUACAACAGACUAGAUAUUUUAAAAUUUUAGCAAAACUGCUG